CCCAUUACCCAUAUGAUGAGGGUAGACCCAUCUAAGGUUCCUAUACGGGGACAAUAUUACGGAGAGAGUUCCUCAAGUGCCACGAGCCGCAGAAUUCAGAACCAAAGAAGUUGAAGGAGAGGUCACGAGUAACUAACUGUCUGUCUAAGGGCGGAGAGAAAGCAAGCAAAGGAUGAAUCAAAAGUUUGGAGGGAGGCAACCCACUGGGACGCCUUCACUUGCAUGGUCGUGCGUCGUCGUCGUUUUCUCGCUUCUCGCAGGUGCCUCCGUGGUCCAUAACAUCUUCAAGCCUGACCUGACACUGCCUCCGUUGGAAAGCGUAUCCACAGAGAAGCAAAACCAGCCAGGGAAAGAAUGAAUGCUUCUUCUGUUUACAACCCAAGUACCGUGGCUCGGGUUUAAAUCAAGAAGAAUACUACAGCUGCGAUUAUCAGGCUUGCUUAAUUUGUAAGAUCAUACAUGUUUACAACGAGCAUUCCAGACCAAAUGUGUGGAGAGACAUUUUUCAUGUUAGAGCUUUUUAACCGAAUUGAGGAAAUGUUUCUUGAGAUGUUAAUAAGUCGGCUUUGUUAGACAAGGACUUCAGAAAACCUAUAGCAUUGGCCUUUUCCUUUGGGUUCCCCCAUUAUGGAAUCUAGUGUAGUAGUGUUGAUUUCUGCUUUGUUCGAUCACGUCUGCGGAGACACCCAUGUUACAUGAUGCAGAUUCUAAGAACUGCAUUACGUUGCUUCAGUUCAGAUCAAUGCAUAAUAGGUUGGAGCACAUGAUCAGUGUCAUCCCACCUACAGAAUGGGAGUUCUGAAAUCUCAACUAAACCAAUUGAAAUUAUAUCAAUGUUCCUUACCAUUUGGAAAUAGAAUGUGAACGUAGAUUGAAUUACAUUUAUUC